UCUAGCUGGUGUUACUCUACUCUCCUUCUCACCCUCUUCCUACUUCAUCACUUCAAUCAAUUCCUAUAAAUACCUCAAUUCUUCAUCUUCUUUUUCUCACUCAUCUUCUUUCAUUUCAAUAUUCAUCAUUUUUCAUAUACACUACCAAACAUGCUUAUUUUCUACUUUCUUUCUAUUCUCUUCAUUCUUGUUUUCAUACUCAAAUCACUCUUCAAAUCCUUCUCUUUUUCUUCUAAUGGAAAAAAACUAUUGCCUCUCCCUCCUGGCUCUAUGGGUUAUCCUUACAUAGGUGAAACCUUCCAAAUGUAUUCUCAAGACCCUAACCUUUUCUUUGCCAACAAAAUCAAAAGGUAUGGUGCUAUGUUCAAGUCUCAUAUUUUGGGUUGUCCUUGUGUGAUGAUUUCAAGUCCAGAAGCAGCAAAAUUUGUGUUAAACAAAGCUCAACUUUUCAAGCCAACAUUUCCAGCUAGCAAAGAAAGGAUGUUAGGGAAACAAGCAAUUUUCUUUCACCAAGGAAAUUACCAUACUAACCUUAGAAGACUUGUUCUUCGUACCUUCAUGCCUGAGGCCAUCAAAAGCAUUGUUCCCAACAUUGAAUCCAUUGCUCAAUCUUGUCUCAAAUCAUGGGAGGGAAACUUAAUCACCACUUACAUUGAAAUGAAAACAUUCACCUUCAAUGUUGCACUUCUAUCAAUUUUCGGAAAAGACGAAAUUCUAUACAGAGAAGAUCUAAAAAGAUGCUACUACACACUUGAAAAAGGGUACAAUUCAAUGCCAAUAAACCUUCCAGGAACACUAUUUCACAAAGCGAUGAAAGCAAGAAAAGAACUAGCUCAGAUCUUGGAACAAAUAAUCUUAACAAGGAGGUGCAAAAAGCAAGAUUACAAUGAUUUGUUAGGUUCUUUCAUGGAUGAAAAAGCAGGACUCAGUGAUGAACAAAUAUCAGAUAACAUCAUUGGUGUCAUUUUUGCAGCUCGUGACACAACUGCUAGUGUACUUACAUGGAUUGUUAAGUACCUUGGUGAAAAUCCUACUGUCCUUGAAUCUGUCACUGAAGAACAAAUGUCUAUAUUAAAAGGGAAACAAGAAAGUGGUGAAGAAAUUGGUCUAAAUUGGGAGGACACAAAAAAUAUGCCAAUAACUUCGAGGGUCAUACAAGAGACAUUAAGAGUAGCAUCAAUUUUGUCUUUUACAUUUAGAGAAGCAACGGAAGAUGUUGAAUAUCAAGGGUAUCUUAUACCAAAAGGAUGGAAAGUUUUGCCACUUUUCAGAAACAUACAUCACAGUCCAGAAAAUUUCAAAGAGCCUGAAAAAUUUGAUCCUUCAAGAUUUGAGGUUGCUCCAAAACCUAAUACUUUCAUGCCAUUUGGGAAUGGGGUCCAUGCAUGUCCUGGCAAUGAAUUAGCAAAGUUAGAGAUUUUGGUUCUUGUACAUCAUCUAACCACAAAGUACAGGUGGUCAGUGGUUGGUGAAAAAAAUGGAAUUCAAUAUGGUCCUUUUGCUCUUCCACAAAAUGGCUUACCAAUCAAAUUAUAUUCAAAGAAAUAAUAAAGAAUGAACCAAACAAAAAGGUGGGGGCUAGUCAAAUAUAGCAUGGAAGCAACUUUCUAAAUUUGGAAUGGUUUCAAAAGAAUGUGAUUUUGAUUAAACUUUGACAACAAAAAGUGGUGAAGAGAAGAUAGCAUAUAACAAAUGCAUAAACAAAAGGAAGAUUAAAUUUUAGUUCAUAGAAAUUUUGCACUAACAAGAAGUCAAGUGUACAUAGGUUAUAUAGGAAGAGUAAAGAGUUUUAAUAGGCUAAUUUUUUUCUUAAUUUUAUUUUUUUGGUUUAUAGUUUUUUAUUCUCCCAAUUUAUUUUUAUUUUGAAAUAUUUUGAGGAAAAGUCCUCAAGAGAUUGAAUUAAAUGUAAUCAAGUAACUUAGUUUUGUAUCCAUAUGAAUGUUGCAACAUUAAUGAGAACAUUUCAAUUCUUUA